GACAAAACAACAAAUGCAUUACAGAAAGCAGAGUGACAGUUGAUCUUAAGGACAGAAAACAGGUUGGGUUAAAAAAAAACGACUCUGUAGAAACCAAAUAAGACUGAUACUACCUUUAAUUGGUAGUGUCUGCAAAACAGUGCGGUCUUGGAAAGUUAUAGGGUUUUUUUCUCCUAAACAAACACUCUUAUUGCCCUCUCCUCCUGAUUAGACCGGCUAUCCAAAAGAUUGAACAGAAAGAUGAGGACGCUGAUGUUACUGCUGGGUACUGUGUGCGUUUGUUUGGCAGCGCCAGUAGAAGAACAGCAUCCGAGGAAAGCGAGAUCUGCAAGUGAAGAGGAUCUGCAACUGCUGUUGACUCAGAUGAAAGAAACUCUUGCGAACGUCAAUAACCGUCUGAUCCCGCAACCCCCGCAUCCACAAAGAACUACAACACGCCAAGUCGACGCUCAACCUACCGCUGUCCGCAUCCCAACAGCAAACUUUAAUCCAGCCAGUGCUGGGAGUGUACCAAUGUUAAACCUUUACAUUUCCCCUCAACCUCCGGCUGGUGUAAGCCAGAGUGCUAUGCCGCAGAAAACAAACCCGGAGUUCGUGUUGGCCACACCGGUCGCCUUAACAGUACCAUCGUACCCCUCGGCAGUUGUCCCACAGGGAACCAGGUACGCUAUACUGUCCCCUCAGCAAAGUAUCCCCAUUCCUGUGGCACCAUUUCCCGACGCUGCCGCUAUUUCGCCUCAGACGGUGCCGGUCCCGGUCCAAUACCUUCCUCCCCAGAGUCCAGCACUACUCAACCCAUCAUUCCCAAACCCAGGAUUUCCUUAUGGGAACCCUUUCCUACCACCGCCGGGAAGUCAAGUUAACCCCUACUCUCCGUACGAUCCACCAACUAUUGGGAUAACACCUCCGAUCAUAUUCAGAGAGCGACAGCCAGUGAUUCAAGCUCGUGUUUAGAUGACAAUUUAAAGACAGUCAGUAGUCUUUGACUGAAUGCGUUUUUCUUUCUACAAGCGCUGGGGAGGUCUUUUUAGAGUCUUCUAAUCUAUGCUGUAGCUGGGCCUGUUUUUUUUUUCCCCCUUCUGGAUUGUUUACUGUGGAUUUAGGCCUAUUUCCCAUUUACCUGUACGAACCUUUUCAAAGAUUACAAUAAAACGUACGUUCCCUGUAUGGAGUUUUGUAAAAUUAUAUGCAUUGGUUUGGGCUGCAAGAUAGAAACAAUUUAAAUAUCAAUAAAAGAACGAUUUCUGAUAGAUUGUAAUGAACACAUAAUGUUAUUUAUUUAUUAUUUGAUUCAUAUUCACCCAACU